UACAUUUGCCAUUGCCACUAUUUGAUGUGAAAUGUAAAAUUAAAGUUCUUGUGGUGUAAAUCAGUGUAUUAUUAAAAAAGUAAUUCAAGUGGUAGAUAAAAUGCCUCUUCCUGCAGCUCUGGCAGCUCGUCUUGCUAAGAGAGGAUUGAUAGGUUCCAAAAAAAAUGAAGCUAACAAAGAUGAGAGUAAGAAAAGAGUCCACGAAGAGAUCAUAGCUGAGGAUUAUGACAACUCCAAAGAUGACAUCCAACUAGAUAUUGCUCAGAAAUUCAUGGGCUACCCCGGCUGCCCCAACAAGUAUAACAUUUAUCACGAUUGUUCAAAAAAAUGCAAAGAAUUGUGGGGUAAGGGACACACGCAGCCUACGGAAAGGUAUUUAAAACGACAGUUGAAAAUCAUGAAAAAGUAUCCCCUGCCAGAAACGUGGAAGGCAAUAUUUGAUGCUGGAACUGGCAGGCAUUAUUACUGGGACUGGUCGUCAGAUUUAGUUGCUUGGUUUCCUCCUGGUCAUCCAAAGUGUCAAAUUUCACAGCCGGCAUCCCAGCUUAGGGAAGAAAGGCACUUGAAGGAAGCCGAAAAGGAUGACAACGUAUCCAGCGAAGAGAGCGGGAGCGAACAAGAAGUCGAGGAGGAAGAAGAGCCGCAAGCAAAGCGAGAUCGAAAAGAUAAUAGGGAAAAAGAGUACAGGGAUAAAUACAGGCCUAACAUGGAUACGAGGCGUUACCAAAAAUACGACAAGGGCAAAAAUGACAAGAAAGACAGGACGUUAGAUCCCAUGGAUCCGGCAGCUUACAGUGACAUUCCAAGGGGAAAGUGGUCGGAUGGACUGGCCAGGCAGAACGAGGCAAAAACCGGGGCUGACACCACAGCCGCGGGUCCGUUAUAUCAGAUGAGACCAUAUCCAAGUCCUGGUGCAGUUUUAAGAUCAAACAAGCCUGGUAAGGGAGACGAUAGCUCAGGCAAAUCAAAGGCAUACGAGAGCGACGAAGAUUGAUGAGGACCCGUUGGCAAGGUGUACCAUAUUUUUGUAAUAAAUUAAUUGCGAUUGUUAAGAUUAAACCACUGUAAUUUGU